UCAGGGCUUUCCGAUGUGAAAUGGAUGAUAAUUAUGGUUUAUUUUUCCCAAGUCAUUCGAUGGUGUGCUACCAUGAACCUCGAAUACACGACCAUGAGCUGUAUUUUCAACUUCGGAAUCUCAAUCUUCUUUUAUUGCUUCCAAUUGCAAUUGGUGGAAUUCUUUGCAACGCGUGUGCUAUGGUCUCAUUAUAUAGACCACCAAAAAUUACAUCUGGAGUAUUUGUUUAUCUGAAAGCACUUCUUCUUUUGGAUCACGUGAUGCUCACCACCACCUUAGCAGCCGAAUUUUUCCCUCAGAUCUGUGAUCAACACCAUAUGAAAAAUCAUACAUUAUAUGGUCCAUGCAUGUUUGAGAGAAGAUUUUUAAAAUACACAAUGCCUAGAGUCGAAGUUACAAUACAUACACUGCACGUCUGGACAAUAGCCACACUUUCAGCUCAUCGUUAUUGGAAGAUAUCACGUCCAAUGAUUGCAAGACUUCAAGACACGGUUAGCAGAGCUCGGACAAUGUUGAUAGUAAUGUUUUGUCUGGUAAUGUUGUUCCGGCUGCCUAUUUUUGUAUUGGAACUUGAAUUCCGGUCACAUCCUCAAUUGAGAAUUACCAGAAGAAUAUCCACAACAGAGAUCCUUUCUACGUAUCGAUUUGUUUACCAUUCCAUCUUGGAUCCUCUCUUUUUCAACAUUGUCCCAUUUAUGUGGAUGUGCAUUUUUUCGCUGCUCACUCUUUAUGAAAUCUAUAAAAGUCGCCACAACACGUAUCAACAUUUGGCUUUUGAUCAUCCCAAGCAAACCAAUGUGACACAUCCAUUAGCAGGUUGCUUUCCAAAAAAAGCUGAACUAAUCCGGCAGAAACAAGAACUUCGAGCCACUUUCUCAAUUGUGGCUAUAAUCCUUUUGUACUUGUGCUUUCACUCGCUUAAGUUAUUUGCCGUUGUUCGAAAAUGGCAACUUUUGGUAAAAAGGGAAUGCCCAACGAGAAAAGACUACUACCAUUCACACCUCUCUGACGUUUUGAGUAUGAUUUCCGCAUCGGUGAACGCAUUCGUGUUCAUUGCGUUCACGAACCGACUAAAAAAGUAUAUACGACUGCUUUUACGGAAAACAUCACGGACUCUAUCCAACUCCAGUGAUCCGCCCAUGAGCCCGAAAACUGUGACGUCAUAUGAAAGUGGAUGCAACAACAAUUUUAAUAUUAACAUUUGAUAAUACUAAUGAUUUUGAAUGAUUUAAUGAGUAAUCCUGAUCUCAAAAAUGAUAUCUUUGUAUGUAAAUUUUUUAAGGAGUCUGCAUUUUUUCACAGCAAACACAUUUGCAUUUAUUCUUUGCUCUGAUUUCAAAUUCAAUUCGAAAAGUAGGAGAAAUCACUGAAACCCAAAGUAUUGGUGCAAAAAUAAGUACUUAUAACAAAGAAUACAUAGGAAAGUUUGGUUAAGUGUGAGUUUUUUUUGGUUAAGUGUGAGAAAGUUUGGUUAAGUGUGAGUUUUCAUAAAAAUUAGUAUUUAAAAAAUGAACCACAUAAUCCAAUUAUACAAAUUUUUUUGUUAGCUGUUCGUCUGCUUUUCAAUGAAUCUUC